CUCCCUCACCUCCAUCUUCAUACUCGGCGUCGCUCGUUGUCACUCAUUCAACAAGUUCAGCUUAAGAUUAUUCGCUUUUGUAAUAACUCCAACUAAUUCUUUCAGAGACUUCUUCAAAAACCCCUUCACGAGCAUCUCGCUACAGCUCUCGCAAAAUUUCCUACCGAAUUUUCAACCCAUCUCAGACCAGAAUCGAACGAAUAGUCGUCAAGAUGCAGUUCACAGCCCGCCUCCUUGCCAUCUCGGCCGCCUUCUCGCAGGUGCUUGCCCUGCCCGUCCUCACCAACAGCGCGUACGACGUCACUGAGGGCGAGGCUUUCGACAUCACCUGGACGAAUGCCACCGGCAGUGUGACUCUGGUUCUCAAGACCGGAAUCAGCACUGACCUGAGUACCGUCUCCACCAUCGCAACUGGCCUGACUGGCGACUCGUAUGAUUGGACACCUGAGGACAUCCCCAGCGGCACAUACGCCAUCGCCAUCACGGAUGACUCGGGCGAGACCAACUACUCGCCUCAGUUCACAUACCAGGGCACCGGUGUCGCUUCCACCACCAGCACCUCGGCCUCUGCCACCAGCACCACAACCACGACCUCUUCCGGUACCACCACCUCGACUGUGACCUCGGCGAGCGGCUCUACCACCCUGACCUCCACCGCGACCGGCGCCAGC